AAUGAGCGUGUGAAAAUAGACGCUCCCUCCAUUUUCAAUGGUCGGGCACAAACCAACACUUCACAGAGACGAGGAGAGAGAGAGAGGGAGAGAGAACACCGAAGUUUCACUCUGAGUCGUCAAUGGCCGUUUAGGGUUUCUAUUGAUUAUUCUACCUCCCGAUAAUCAAACCCCUUUUUCAUUUUUAUCUUCCCUGCUAUCUCUCUUCUCGACCCUCCAAAACCCUAAUUUCAAUUCAAUCCGAGUUUCCAAUUCAAUAUCCGUAGCUUUUGUACUGAGAAGCGUGAUGGGUGCGCAAGAGAAAUCUCCGACGGCGAAGCAUUCGAUGAAGAGAGCGGAAGAACUGGGUUUGUUUGUUAUUGAUGAAGAAGACAAUGAAACAUUACUUGUUCACCGUAUUAGUUCAGAUGAUAUUUACCGAAAACAAGAAGAUACAAUUAUCUCAUGGAGAGAUCCAGAGUUGUCAACCGAAUUAGCUCUUAGCUUUCAGGAGAGUACAGGGUGCUCAUACAUAUGGGAUCACAUUUGUAGUGUGCAAAGAAAUAUGCAUUUUAAUACUCUUAACAAUGAGACUCAUCAUAGUGUCAACAGUGAAGUGAGGGAGUUGCCUGCCGUUGAGCUAUCUACACUUCCUAUAAUACUGAAGGAGAAAGACACAGUGAAGGUGUCAAAGAGAAAAGGCAACAAAUCUGGAGGCACAGUGAAGGUGUCAACAAGAAAAGGUGACAAAUCCGGAGGCACAGGAAAGGCGUCAACAAGAAAAGGUGACAAAUCUGGAGGCACAGUAAAGUUGUCAGACAGAGAAGACAAUAAAACGGGAGUUAAAAUUCAAAUUUCCCUAGAAGAAAUCCUACAAACUUCAAAAAUGAAACUUGGGGAUGCCGCCCAAAGCCUCGGAGCUAGUAAAUCUACGUUGAAGCGUGCAUGUAGAGAGUAUGGUAUUGAGAAGUGGCAUCGUCGCUUUAUAAACAAAGCUGUCAAGAAAAGUGCCCCUCCAUCUAUGCCAAAGCUCAUGAGAGACUCAAUUACAGAUCUCCAAGAACAGGAACAAAGGAAGAUAAAAGCAACUCAAACAACCUCAAGGGAGGUGAGAUCAAAGAAAAGGCAAGAACCUUCCACCACAUCCAUGCUUCAGGAAGAUUUUAACCCCACAUUCAGUGAACGGGAGAUUCCAUUGAGCCAAAUGUUUGGACCAACAGUCCAUAACUCCCCAGACCAAACAUAUCAGAGAAAAAUGAGAAGAGAUCUUAUUUCAACUGAUAUUGAAGAUGAAGAAAGUCCCAAUUCCACACCUAAAGAGGCCUCCCAAAUUCCUUCAAAUACACGGCCUCAUCAUCCUUCCAAGCCAAGUGACCCAAUUUUGAACCAAUCCACUUUGAACAACAGUGUUGAUGUGACUCUUGAAGACCCAGGAACAACUGAACCCUUCAGUAUCAAUCAUAGAGAUGCUAUUCUUGAUGCCUUUCCAAUGGAAGUCCUAUACCCAAGAACAACUGAACCCAUAAAUUUUCCUUCAGUCACCUCUUUAGACUCAUCUGCAAAUGGCAAUCCAACUUCUAUUGAUGAGAUUCCAACCAGAUCUCACUGUGACAUUUCAUCACCACGUGAUCAAUUCAAUGAGCCUUCCCAAUCCAAGUUUCAAACCAACCAUGGAACAGAAACACAAGUUGAAGGAACUCCAACUAAUUGUCCUGAACCCACAAAUGAAAAUAACACAGAGGUUAGGGCUGAAAAAAUGGACAAUGCCUCCUCAUCAGAUAAACAAGUUGGAGAGCAUACACCUACUCCCAUGGAUGACUCUCCUCAUGGAAUCAACCAAACAACUGGGGUAAAAAACAUGGAAGAAAAUCCAUCAGUAAAUGAAAACAUUGAAGACAUUAACCCAUAUGCAACAAGUGAGCCUCCUGGCAUUUCCUCAAGCUUACAAGCUCUAGAGGUUCCAAGUACUCUGAUCAGCCUUGAAACACCUCAUGUUUCAAUGGAGAAAACAACAAUUGGAGAAACAUCAACUCCGAUUACCAACCCCAUUAACCCAGCAUCAACUGUUGUGCAGGCUUCUUCAUCCUCCAAUACUGGUAGCCUGAGCAUAUGGGAAGAGAUUGCAGCUUUUCAAAAGAGUGUUGAACACAUUUCUCGACUUCCAAAAAGGCUCCAUCACUUCAAACCUGAAGAUCAACAAGUCAUAUCUUCCUUCUUGAACCUCAUCAACACUUCCUUUGAAGAAAUAAUCUCAAAACAAUUGAUGGAAACCUUGAAUUGCCUGACUGCUAUUCAAAGGCUAUCUCCAACUCCAUUCAGUCAAAACCAACUCUCUCACCUGGCCCAAAUCAUUUCUGAAUGGCCAGUCAUUGUGGAGACUGCUCAAAACUGCAGAAAUACAAUUCAAGCAAAGAAAGACUUCUUGAUGGCUGUCCAAACUACUUCUGAUUCAUUAACAACUACUUGCCAAGCUUCCUCCAAUCUUUCUGAUCAAGACAGAAGUUUAGCCCUUGAAGAAGCUAGAUUGGAAGCAGAACUAGCCCUUGUCAGACAAAAAAGGCAUGAACUUCAGCAAGAAAUGGACAUACUUGGCCAUGAAGCCAAAAUUAUACUCUCCAAGACCGAAAAUAACCUCUCAUCAAUACAAGCUGCCAAGGAAGAAUUUGACCAAGCCCAAGCUACAUUUGCAGCUACCCAAUCCAAAUGGAGCAUCUUUGCACACAUUUUCCGAAGGGACUAAACGCAUCCCCUUUUUCUUUUCUUUUUUUUGUGUGUAGAUUUCCUUUCUGUCCUCUCCUUGUAAAUACUCUUAAAGCUUAAUGGAAAACAAAUGCUUGUCUUUGUAUGUCAAGUUUGAUUUAUUAAAA